AUGGAUAAAGAGAACUCGCCUAUUAAGGUCAAUGACUGCCCAGAAAAGGGCCAAACAACGAUGCAAUCAAUCAAAGUCUUCAUCCGCUGGCGUCCCCUGUCGCCAUCCGAAUCAACCACCCCAGAAAUCACACGAACACAGCACCCUCAUCCCACCAACACCUCCGCCAUCUCACUAACACCACCACCGUCCCACAAACUCUCCCGCCCCUGGAAAAGCGACUCGGCCUUUACACAGAUUUUCACCGCAAAUGACAACAACAGAGCCGUCUUCGAGGCCGUGGUAGCACCAACCCUCCCCCGCGUCUUGACCGGGCAAUCCUGCGACUUUUUCGCCUACGGACACUCGGGGAGCGGCAAGUCGCACACCAUCGUCGGGUACGAUUUCGAGCAUCCCGACGAGUUCGGGCUAUGUCUAUCCGCCGCAAGAGCGCUAUACGAGCACCUCGACCAGCUGAAUGCCGGUACCAAUGAAGCUGAGAAGCUCCUCCUCGGACUACGCAUGUACGAGCUUCGGAAGAAUAUGGCCUUUGACCUCCUGAACGACAGAUGCAAAUGCCAUAUCCGCGAAGGACACGACGGCAAAACCCACAUACGCGGCGAGACAGAAACGCUAGCCGAUGGGAAAGUCCGCGUUCGACCGAUCGUCACAAAGGCGUGCUUGACCUAUGACGAUUUCCACGCGCAGUUGCUGGCGGGAAUUCAGCGCCGGGCGACGGGGACGUCGACGGUGCACGAUCAGAGCUCCCGCACGCAUGCUGUUUUCGAGAUCGAGAUUGUCACGAGAGAGCUCUUGGAUGCGAGGGACGCGGUUGUGGAGCGACAGUCCGAGCUUGUUCCUGUCGGGAAGCGCGCGACGGAUGUCUACAUAGAGGAGAAUUCGAAGGCGUUUAUCCAGACGCCGGACGGCAAGUUUGCCCCGAAUCCGGACUACCAGAUCAACCAGCAAGCGAUUGACGAAGCCGAGGCGAAGAAGGCGGAAUUCGAGGCGUACGUCCAGACAGCAGAGGAACACGUGGCGGAAGUCAAAAGGUCUUGUCCCCAUGCUUGUCUGGGCGGAAAACUAGUCUUUGUAGACCUGGCAGGUUCGGAGUACUACCACGACAAGACUACUAUUUCCGCAUCUCGAACGAAGCAGACGCCCCAGGAGCAGCAGGAAGGGAGGCAGAUCAAUACCGAUCUCCUCUCCUUGAAAGAAGUCAUUCGGGCGAUGGCCCAGAAGCAGAGUCGCAUCCCCUUUCGGUCGUCGCCGCUGACGAUGGUCCUGCGCGAACACUUCUUGACCGGUGAAGCAGACGACGGGUUUUCGGCGAUGAUUCUCACGGCAUCGCCUUCGUCUGAGCAGUACACCGCCACGAUCGACACGCUGAAAUAUGGCAAUUUGAUCGGCGUGGCCGGAGACAAGGCGAAGGGACGUAAAUACUGCAUUUCCUAG